AUGAGUGUUCGUCCCGUAUAUUUUUCAUCAUCAAAAUAUCCUGAUGAUUUGGCAUUAGUUGAUCGUUCAUCAUCGUACACCUAUCGUGAUUUAUAUUUUCUUAGUUAUCGUUUAUCACAAAAACUUUUAUCUGUUUGUAAUCCCUCAAGUUCUUUCACUUCUACGUUCCCAUUUCGUUCGGAAGAUACUCACAUCGGUAUAUUGUGCUCGAAUGAUGUCUCUUAUGUUUUAUCCAUAUGGGCAUGUUUUAUGAUCGGUUGUACAUGUAUUCCAUUGAGCAGUCAACAUCCACCGUCAAUGUUAUCCUACUUUUUAAAUGAUAGCGAAUGUAAAGCAUUAAUUUCAACAAUUGAACAUAAUAAUUCACUGGAUACUAUUCAAGCAACACAUCCAAAACUGCCAAUUAUGUUAAUUGAUUCAAACGACCUAGAUUCAAAAUUGAUUCCUAAACAACAAUAUCAACAGCAGCCGAACAAUGAACCAACAUCAUUUCACGAUCAUUUGUUAUUAACAAACUAUUAUGAUAAACGAAAUGCUUUGAUACUGUAUACGUCAGGAACAUCCGGAAAACCAAAGGGUUGCGUGAUAACUCAUAAUAAUAUACAAGCAUACGUAGAAUCAAUGACUAAAGCUUGGAAAUGGACAAAUUCCGAUGUGUUGCUUCAUGUACUUCCGCUUCAUCACACGCAUGGAUUAAUCAAUUGUUUAUUGACACCAUUAUCCGUUGGUGCUACAAUUGUUAUGAUGCCAAAAUUUAAUGCAUCAGAAGCAUGGCAAUAUUUAGCAUCUCCUGGAUUUGAAAAACCAAUUAUCAAUGUUUUUCAUGCUGUUCCAACGAUUUACUCAAAAUUGAUUGAUGAAUAUGAUUCAAAAAUUGGCACAGACGAAACACGAUUUCAAUCUCGAAAUCAAGCACGAGAAUUUAUCAAAGAUCAAUGCCAAAAAAUGAUACGUUUAAUGGUGUGCGGUUCCGCUGCAUUGCCAACAACUCUCUAUGAAAAAUGGAAACAAAUUUCGGGACAUGAUUUACUAGAACGUUAUGGCAUGACAGAAAUUGGAAUGACACUCACUAAUCCACUUGAUGGUGAACGAUGUGUCGGACGACCGUUCUCCGGAGUUGAAAUCAAAAUUGUAAAUGACGAUGGGGAAGACUUGUUAAUAGCUAAUAGUGAAAAAACAGAAAUUCUAGUAACAGACAAAAAUGAUAAUCAGUCAAUUGAAGGCGAAUUGCUCGUACGUGGACCAAAUGUAUUCAAAGAAUAUUGGAAACGGAAGGCGGAAACGAAAAAAACUUUUACUAAAGAUGGCUGGUUUAAAACCGGUGAUAUUGCUCGUUAUGAAAAAGAACACGACGUGUUUAGUAUUCGUGGUCGAUUAUCAAUGGAUAUCUUAAAAAGAGCUGGAUACAAAAUUUCGGCAUUAGAUAUUGAACGUGUUCUAUUACAACAUGAAUUAAUUGCAGAAGUUGCUGUCGUUGGAAUACAAGAUCAAGUAUUAGGACAAAAAAUUCUUGCCGUAAUUGUAAUCAAACAACAACGGCAACAGUCAACUAAUUUAACAAUAGAUGAUGUUAGACAAUUUGCUAAACAAUAUUUGCCUAGUUAUUCAUUACCGGAUUUGAUAAAAAAAGUAGACGAAUUGCCACGAAACGUAAUGGGUAAAAUUAAUAAAAAAGAACUUUUAAAUACAUUAAUGAUAAAAAACUGA